AUCACUCCAGCAAUGGCACCGAAGAUGAAAUAGAGAGUCCCUAUAUCCUUGUGGUUAGUGGAGAACAGCCAUCGGACCGGAUUUGUCAUAAAAUUUCGAUUUUUUUAUUUUCUCCGCCCAUAAGACUUUCGUCUGGGACUUACAUAUCUGGAACCUUAUUUAGAUUCUAUUUAUAUUAUAAGCUGUGCACACCGUUGUUUAGGCGUGAAAGGGUUGGGAAAAAGGGACAAGAGGCGGAAGCAGGGUUGGUUGCAUACCUGCUAUAAGUGGGAAGCCCACAUGCCUUACUUACUCAAAAAAGAAGAAGUUGCCAUGACCAUGAAACGAAAGCUUUGCAUUUAUCAAUAUGGAUCCGAAUUCAAUCCAACUCGUUUUUCGCCCAGCGAUUGGUCGGAUAUUUCCAUUUCUCCAUCUAGUUCCGCUUCUCCACAAGAGCUGAGUGAAAAUAGAAUUCUUCGUUUCUUUCAAGAGAAGAUAGAGGAAAUAGGAGGGGGGGGCUUGCCAUCCAGCUGGUCUCCCGAAGAAUUUACCCGGCUGGUGAUUAGGGAAGAGGAGACACCCUUAACAGAAGAGCAAGGUUAUGAAAAUGGGGAUUAUGUUUAUUUAGAUGAAGCUCUCACCUUACCAACGAGCCGACAGCUGAUGGCUGUUGGUCACGACUACUACCAAAAAGUGAACAUGAAGAUGAAUAUUUCACAUGGAGGAGUGUGCAUCUCUAUGUUGGGUGUUCUUCUGUCGUGCGACCCGGCGGCUUAUGUGCGACCAGUGGCCCACGCCUCCUAUUUGUUCAGGGCGGGCGGCGUGAACUCUGAUUUUAUCCGGGUAUUCAAUCCCGCCGCUGAGAUGCUCAGCUGACUCCUUCACCUUGAUAGGAAGAUGGCUUCUUCAAUAAUUCGUGCAUAAGGGUAAGGAACUUUGGAUGAACUAAUGCGAAUGGGUGUAAGCCUCGCUGCUCGGAAACACCCAGUGCUGACCACACUGAGAUACACGAAAGCGCAGGGUCGGGAUAUCCCCGCCCUCCGAACCGGACGUGAGGGUCUCCCCUCAUCCGGCUCUCUGCAGGGGAAUCUCCACUCACUGCUUCCCCUAAUAUCCUCCUCAUGGGGGUUUACAGGAGAUCCCAGAGGCUCGCUCGGAAAGGCUGCUAUACCAUACCUUUUGACUUCACUCUACUCUAGUAGUCACUAGACUCACUAUAGUAGUCCGUCUGGCUGCUCUUGCUUAAAUCAUUACUCUUCAUUAUCCCGUGCUCUAGCAAUUGCGCUCCCUAGACCACUACCAUGUAGUUAGGUAGGGAAAAUAAAUCGGAAUCUAGGAAUGAAUGGUGAUCCCUAUCAAUAUAAAAAGAAUAGUUUUCUUAACUCAAUAGAUCUAUCUGGUCAGUACAAUACGAGACGAUGGAAUGAAAUGGGAUAGAAGGUAGAGGGACGCCCAAAAGCGAUGAUUCACUUGUCCCCUUGUCCAUAGGGACCUCGUGGCAUACAACCGAAACGACUCCCGCUAGAUAGCCGCCCCUUUCUCUCUUUUUACAGCCUCGUGGACGGACGAAAGAAGGGAAGUUACAGAACGGGGCAGUCAAGGCUCGCGCAGUAGACAGCAAGCAACGGACUCCCUCGAGCGGCUCCGCACGUUGCUUGUUCACCCAUACCCACGGGGCGGUAAGCUUUGAAGCUGGCUGCUCUGCUAGACUAUACUAGUUGUAGGGCGCUAGCGCUUGACUAAUAGAGACUAAUAGAAUAGUAUAAUAGGAGGAAGGCAACUCCCUUUGGUCGUACCUCUCCCCUCUUCGAGCGACUUCGUACCUCUUCGAAUGAGUUUCACAUAGUGAAACGAAUUCUCUAGCGACUUCGUACCUCUUCGAGCGACUCCCGUUGGUCGAAUGAGUUUUCUGACUACGUUCAACUCAUUUAGUUGCUCGAAUCUAAAAAUUUAAGAACGAGCUCUUUUGCUCGCCCCUAUCUCUAAUGGGGCGUAAGCAUUUCACUCGCUAGGGGAUGGGAUUCAUUCACUUGCAUUUCUGCUAGCACUACAAAAAGCUCCGGUCUUCACGCCCUGACUACUGCUGUGCAGCCUUUCCUC